ACACCUUUCAAAUCUAUAAUUUAAUCAAGAUAUUAUUUUAUCAUUUUCUCAUUAGCACUGCAACACUCGGAAAGAAAAUUUGAAUUUACUAAUAAAAACCAACAAUCUCACACUUCUGCCUUGCCCCUCUCUCUCUCUCUCUCUCCCUUUCUCUCCUCCGCCCAUCUCUCCGGCGACGCACCGCCAUGGCCACCGCCGAAGCUCCAUUCGCCGCACUACCUGCAGAAGAAGACUACAUUGACAUGGAACUCACCUCUUCCCCAUCUUCCAACUCAUUCUGCUAUUCCAUUAGAUCCCCCACGCCACCGUCCCCGCCGGCGGCGUCGGCGGCGAGAGAUUUCGAGUUCCAAUUCCAAAUGACAUCAUUUUCCGACGAAACAGAAGCGAUAACUUCGCCGGCCGACGAUCUGUUCUACAAAGGAAAAUUACUCCCCCUCCACCUCCCUCCUCGUUUGCAAAUGGUCCAAAAGCUUCUCCAUAGCCCCAAAUCCCAAGACCCAUCAAGAAAAACCGAAUCUUUUUCAGAAAAUUUCGAGAUGCCUUUCAUCACCAUUAAAGCUCCACCUCACGAGUCGUGCAAUGUCUCACCCAGUGAGUCGUGCAGAGCGAGUUGUGAGCUGAACCCAGAUGAUUAUUUAUUGGGAUUUAGAGGGGAAAUUAUUAAGGAUUUUGUUGUUGGUAGAGACCCACCAAGAACAAAAUCAUGGUCAAAGAAAGUGAAGCAAUUGAAGCAAUCUUCACAAGCUUAUUUCAAAGCAUUAUUUGGGAAAUCUGCUUGUUCUACUUCUACUAACAACAAAUCCUCUGUUAACUCUGUUUUCAAUGAAGAAUCACAGAGCAUUUUUGAGAGCGAGAGAAGUUCAGGAAAGUUCAUUAAAGUUUCCAAAAAAGCCCCUUUUGGUAGAAUUGAUUACAACAAAUGGCAGAUUCCAAAUAAUGCUUUAGAGAAAGAAAAAGCUGAGGAAUUUUAUGGUGGAAUUUUGAAUAUUAACAAUCACAGAAGGUCAUUUUCAGGGGCAAUCCAGAGAACUUCAUCCUCUUCAACUAAUAAUAACAGCAACAACAACAAAUCUUCUUCUUCUUGUUCAUCUUGUUCUUCAACUUCUUCUUCAGGUUCUUCAUCUUUGUCUUCAUCAUUUUCUUUUAGUUCAAAUGGGUUCUGUGAUCUGCAAUCAUUUAAGAGAAGCAUCAGUUCCAAUUCGGAGAGAGAGAACUCCAUUGAAGGGGCGAUUGCUCACUGUAAACAAUCCCAAAAGCUGAUUGAUAAUUCGAAGAAAAAUGAAAGUGAAACUCAACCACAAACUUGUUCUCUCUCUGUUUCUAAGGUUUUGCCUUGUGGGGAUCAGAAAAGUUCACAACUUUGCAGGAUUUGAUGAUGCUUCAAUAUGGAUAUCCUGUUUUUUUCUUUCUUUCUUUUUUUAAUGGAGGGUCUGCUGAGUUUGAUUGUGGAUUUGAAGUAGCUGAGAAAGUUAAAGAAGCUCAACAAUGGAGAUUCAGCUUUAGGAUGAUGAUGAAGAAGAAGAAGAAGAAGAAGAAGAAGAUUGAUUUAAAAUUAUAUUAUCGUAACUAGGCUGUUCAAAAUCAUUCAAUAUGCCAUUUUCUUCUUCUCCUUCUGUUCUUUCUUUCUGUAUAAAAUUGUAUAGUUGUUUGAGUCCUCAAUCAAACAGCUCUUGGUUUGAUUAAUAUUUUUUUUUCCUUUUUGGGUGAAUGCUGUAAGCUGUUAGAUUCAGCUGAUUUAUUUCCAAACAUUUCUUCCUCAAUGAAUGAUUGUU